AUGGUGUCUUUUGGACUUGAACUGGUCGGUGUUAUUCUGGCAGUGCUCGGCUGGGUGCUGAGUGUGGUCAGCUGUGCCUUGCCAAUGUGGAGGGUCACCGCCUUCAUUGGCGCCAAUAUUGUCACAGCACAGGUGUACUGGGAGGGCCUGUGGAUGAGCUGCGUGUUCCAGAGCACGGGGCAGAUGCAGUGUAAGGUCUACGACUCCAUGCUGGCUUUACCUCAGGACCUGCAGGCUGCCAGGGCGCUCACCGUCGUCUCCAUCAUUGUGGGGGUGGUGGCUCUUCUAAUCGCUAUGGUGGGAGCCAAGUGCACCAACUGCAUCGAGGAUGACGGUGUUAAAGCAAGGGUGAUGGCCUCCUCGGGCGGGGCGUUCAUCACAGCUGCUGUGGCCCAGCUGGUGCCUGUUUCCUGGUCAGCAAACACCAUCAUAGUGGAGUUUUACAGUCCAAUCGUCCCCUCCGGUCAGAAGAUGGAGAUCGGGGCAGCACUCAUGUCGAUGGGUAUGGAGAUUGUGGGCAUUGCCCUUGGAUUCAUUGGAUUUAUCAUUGCAAUAGUGACAUGUGCCCUGCCAAUGUGGAAGGUGACCGCCUUCAUUGGAGCCAACAUCGUCACGGCUCAGACCAUCUGGGAAGGUUUAUGGAUGAACUGUGUCACCCAGAGCACGGGCCAGAUGCAGUGUAAGGUCUACGACUCGAUGCUGGCCUUGCCUCAGGAGCUGCAAGCUUCCAGAGCAAUGACCAUCGUUUCCAUCAUUCUCGGGGUGCUGGGGGUCUUGAUCUCCAUUGUCGGCGCCAAGUGCACCAACUGCAUUGAAGACGAGCCAUCCAAGGCCAAAGUGAUGAUCAUAGCCGGGAUCUUUUUCAUCCUUGCUGGCCUUUUGGUCCUCAUCCCUGUCUCCUGGACCUCCAGCGUCAUCAUCCGGGAUUUCUACAACCCCCUCCUGACCGACGCGCAGAGGAGGGAGAUUGGGGCAUCGCUCUACAUUGGCUUUGGAGCUGCCGCCAUGCUCCUGAUUGGUGGGGCGAUGCUGUGCAGCAGUUGCCCACCAAAAGAGAAGCAGUACAAGCCACCCCGGAUGGCCUACACCGCACCGCGCAGCGCCAGUGCAGGUGGAGGGUACGACAGGAAAGACUAUGUUUAAACGCCCAUGGAGUGUCCGAUAGAUUGAUUUGGACAGUAACAUUAAACAAAAAUGUUUGUUUAGGGAGUAUUUGUGUGUUAUUUUUUGCUGUCAGAUGGUAAACCCCACAAACAGACUCCGAGAUGAAGAUGAGUGUACAACUAUUGAUCUUUCUGCUUUGCUUUUGGCUGACUGACAUAUUCAUUUGUUUAAAUCAUUUUGCCGCCUUUGCUCCGCUAUAAUCCAGCAGGCGUGUCUUGUUAAACAGGCUCUUAUGUUCAGUAUAGGAACAUGAGAGCCUGUUUUCCAGGAAAACAUCAUUUUAUUCUUUUGAAAUGUUAAACAGCGUCCCUCUGAGUACAUGUUGUAUUUAUACAAAAACUUUGGUGGCAUUAUGUGUAUUCGAAAACACCUGCUGCUUGUUUGUGUGUGUCGCUCCAUAAUUAGCUGUUGGCCCUCUGGUGUCACAUUUCACUGAAGCUUUCAGUCAAAAUGCUUUGUGCCAUUUCACUAACAAUGACAAGGAAGAGUCAGCUCUCAUUUUACAUGGAUUUGGUUGUGUGAUUGUUCUGUGCGUGUGCGUGCGUGCGUGCGUGCGUGCACAUGUGUGUGUGUGUGUGUGUGUGUGUUUUGCAUGUAAUAUUUGCUUAGGAGAGUUUCUGCUGAGACUGAAACUAAAGAUGGAUUCACGAUAUGGCCCCAGGUAACAACUAUCUCUUCUUCCUCGCAGUUUCACUGUCUGAGGACAUAGAACAGAACUUAUUUCAGUUGGAACCCAAAGUCCGACUUUUUGUGUGUCCAAAUGUAUUUUAUAUUUCUGUAAUAAUAAUUUGUUAUGUAUUUUAACACCACAUCUUCCACCAUGUGUCUGCAUUUCAAAUAGUUUGUGUUGUGUCUUAGUUUCAAACAUUUUUAUAUCUUUUAUAUGUAUCUAUCCAAGGAAGGUUAAAUCAAGGGCAUCUGGACUUGAAGAUACUUUUAGACUUUAUAUCUAUUAUGAGGCUGUACAUCCGCUGUAUGUCAAACAAAGAGCCAUGAUCGCCAUCUCUUUGAAAAUAAGUAGAUUUUGUGUUCAAAGUUUAACAUAAUUUGUAACUUAGGUGUUGCUCAAACAUGUUAAAAGAGAUGAUUUAUAAUAUUCAAUGCUUUGUAAAAUGUUUUAUAGUAGUGCUUGAAUUGCAAAUGUG